UGGCGUGCGUGUCCCUGAUGAACUGUGCAAGGUUCCUUGCCCCCAAUCAGAGGAUGAGAGCACGCCCGCCCCCAAUUCAAGUGCUGCGGGCAUAAACAAACCCCCCUCGGCAGCGCAAAGAAUCGAUUCCCUCCCAAUCGAUCGAUCUCCCCCCCUUUUGAUUUACCCCCGCACUGACACCGUCUUUCGAUCGCCUUUCGCCACAUGAUCGAUCCGUCGUGCUUUAGAUCGCCCCCUCUUUCCUCUGUCAGCGGCUGCUCAUCAUCUUCAAAGACAAAGAGCCCCCAAGAAAAGGUUACCAGACAGCAGCUUCCCUCUGAAACAACUCCAUUCAGCUGCAGCCUCUUGUCUCCCUGAAACCUUCUCUCAACAAGACCCAGCAGGGUUUUAGCUUAGACUAGCUUGGUGGAUAGAGGUUUAGUGAUACUGUCGACGUCUCUCCGUAUACUAUACCUUCCUUCUCGCCGGGGUCACCGCCGACGCGGCCGCGCCGGGCGCUUUGCUUCCCGGCGAGGCUUUGCCACGAUCCCCCUCUCCCUGCAGGUGCAGCAGCCAGCAGGUCCCCGGCCAUCAUCGGCCAUACGCUUCCCUGCCCAGCCAAAAGUUGCUUCUGCUUGCUUCUGCGUGUGCCAACACAUGCUUCUUGUUCUUUGCCGUUCAAAUGUUCUUGUUCUUCCAUUUGUGCUGGGCUUCUAGGUGUCUUAUAAUAAGUGCCUCUCGCCAUUGUUACUGAGGCCUAGUGCUGCAGACAACAAGCUUCGUCAUAAGUUUCUACACUUAUUAUUGGAACAAGUUCAGACUUCAGAGCAGGAUAGUAGAAGGUCUCGGCGGGUGGUGGCGAGGAUGAGCGGGCACGGGCAGCAGGGUGGUGACCUGCACCACGAGGAUUUCCAGCUCAAGGACACGAACCCGCUCCUGGGUGAGCAAUGGCCCAAGGGCGCGGGGGGGCCGGCGCGCCCCGCGGGCGGCGGCGCCGGCGGCGGGCUCGCCGGCUGGCUGGGCGUGGACAAGCCUUCCAGCACCUACGACCUCGUGGAGCAGAUGUUCUUCCUCUACGUGCGCGUCGUGAAGGCCAAGGACCUGCCCCCCAACCCCAUCACCGGCGCCGCCAUGGACCCCUACGUCGAGGUCCGCCUCGGCAACUACAAGGGCACGACGCGGCACUUCGACCGCCGCGCCAACCCCGAGUGGGACCACGUGUUCGCCUUCUCCAAGUCCCGCGUCCAGUCCAACGUCCUCGAGGUCUUCCUCAAGGACCGCGAGAUGCUCGGCCGCGACGACUACGUUGGCAAGGUCGUCUUCGACCUCGCCGAGGUGCCCACGCGGGUGCCGCCGGACAGCCCGCUGGCGCCCCAGUGGUACCGCCUCGAGGGGCGGCGCGGCGAGGGGGGCAAGGUCCGCGGCGAGCUCAUGCUCGCCGUCUGGAUCGGGACCCAGGCCGACGAGGCGUUCCCGGAGGCGUGGCACUCGGACGCCGCCGCCGCGCGCGGCGAGGGCGUGGCGAGCGUGCGUUCCAAGGCGUACGUUUCCCCCAAGCUGUGGUACCUCCGGGUGAACGUGAUCGAGGCGCAGGACGUGCAGCCGCAGCGCGGCGGGCGCGCGCCGGAGGUGGUGGUGAAGGCGCAGGUCGGGCACCAGAUCCUCAAGACCUCCGCCGUGGCGGCGCCGACGCUGAACCCGCGGUGGAACGAGGACCUGGUCUUCGUCGUCGCCGAGCCGUUCGAGGAGCAGCUGGUGCUGUCGGUGGAGGACCGCGUGGCCCCGGGGAAGGACGACCUCCUCGGCCGCGUCGCGCUGCCGCUGGGGCUCUUCGAGAAGCGGCUGGACCACCGGCCGUUUGUGCAGUCGAGGUGGUUCGACCUCGAGAAGUUCGGCGUCGGCGCCGCCGUCGAGGGCGAGACGCGGCGGGAGCUCCGGUUCGCGAGCCGCGUGCACUUGCGCGCCUGCCUCGAGGGCGCGUACCACGUCAUGGACGAGUCCACCAUGUACAUCAGCGACACCCGCCCCACGGCGCGGCAGCUGUGGCGGCCGCCCGUCGGCGUGCUGGAGGUCGGCAUCCUCGGCGCCGCCGGGCUGCAGCCCAUGAAGACCCGCGACGGCCGCGGCGCCACCGACGCCUACUGCGUCGCCAAGUACGGCCAGAAGUGGGUGCGCACGCGCACCAUGAUCGGCAACUCCAACCCCACCUGGAAUGAGCAGUACACCUGGGAGGUGUUCGACCCCUGCACCGUCAUCACCAUCGGCGUCUUCGACAACUGCCACCUCGGCAUCAAUGGAGGCGGCGGCAAUGGCGGCGGCGGCGGCGCUCCGGCGCGCGACGCCCGCAUUGGCAAGAUCCGCAUCCGCCUCUCGACGCUGGAGACGGACCGCGUGUACACGCACGCGUACCCGCUGAUCGCGCUGCAGAAAUCCGGGGUGAAGAAGAUGGGCGAGCUCCGGCUCGCCGUGCGCUUCACCUGCCUCUCCCUCGUCAACAUGCUCCACCUCUACACGCAGCCGCUGCUCCCGAGGAUGCACUACCUGCACCCGUUCACGGUGACGCAGCUCGACGCGCUCCGGCACCAGGCGAUGGGCAUCGUGGCGGCGCGGCUGGGCCGCGCGGAGCCGCCGCUCCGGCGCGAGGUCGUCGAGUACAUGCUCGACGUGGAGUCCCACAUGUGGAGCAUGCGGCGGAGCAAGGCCAACUUCUUCCGCGCCGUCUCCCUCUUCUCCGGCGCCGCCGCCGCCGCGCGGUGGUUCGGCGACGUGUGCCGGUGGCGGAACGUGGCCACGACGGCGCUGGUGCACGUGCUCCUGCUCAUCCUGGUGUGGUACCCGGAGCUGAUCCUCCCCACGGUGUUCCUCUACAUGUUCCUCAUCGGGCUGUGGAACUACCGGCGGCGGCCGCGGCACCCGCCGCACAUGGACACGAAGAUGUCGUGGGCGGAGGCGGCGCACCCCGACGAGCUCGACGAGGAGUUCGACACGUUCCCGACGUCGAGGCCGCAGGACGUGGUGUACAUGAGGUACGACCGGCUCCGGAGCGUGGCGGGGAGGAUACAGACGGUGGUCGGCGACAUGGCGACGCAAGGGGAGAGGCUGCAGUCGCUGCUGAGCUGGAGGGACCCGAGGGCGACCUGCCUCUUCGUCCUCUUCUGCCUCCUCGCCGCGGUGGUGCUCUACGUCACGCCGUUCCGGGUGGUGGCGCUCGUCGCGGGGCUCUACGUGCUGCGCCACCCGAGGUUCAGGAGCAGGAUGCCCGCCGUGCCCAGCAACUUCUUCCGCCGCCUGCCGUCGCGCGCCGACAGCAUGCUCUGAAGGAUGGACGACCCCAUCGAGUCCUACUGCGGUUACAGAAUGCUCUGUUCUUGUUCUUCAGUCAAGAGAAUGUUUCAUUUCGUUUUCCUUUUAAAUUUCUUUUUUCGUGUGUAAGGUGCUAAGUUUGGGCACCUUAAGAUUUGAUGAAGUUCUGGUGUAAGUACAUUUAUCUCAUGAAUAAGGGUGAUGCUCUGCUCCAAGUGCCUGUUUUUCCCCAUCUUUGGGGCGAAUCC